UCCACCGGGACGCAGCUGCUGCUCACCUGAAGCGACGCAGCGCGGACAGACAGACAGACGCACGGCCGACAGGUAGUCACAGGAGCCGGAAGAACAAGGACUGGGUGGACUUGUCCUCAUGGUAUUUCCCCCGUCCCCCUCCCCGUCCCCGAGAGUCCCUCCAGCUGCUUCUUCCAUUUCUUCACUGCGACCCUUUCUGCUUUUAAACGCGUUCUUUUUUUGGGGUAUAAUUAAUGAAAGUGAAUGGAGGCUGUAGAAGGAACCAUGAGCGAGCAGGGCAGGAAGAAGCUGAUCCUGAUCGUGGUGGAUAUUCUGUGCGUGACUGCGGCCGCUCUGCCCUCGGGCAUCCUGACGCUGACGUUCAGCCCGUACCAGAGAGGAAUCUACUGCGAUGACGAGAGCAUCAGCCGUCCCUACCGCAGGGACACCAUUUCCCACGGGGCCAUGGCUGCGGUCACCAUCUCCUGCUCCAUCAUCAUCAUCACCACGGGAGAGGCGUACCUUGUGCACACCAAACGGCUCCACUCCAACUCCCAGUUCAACCAGUACCUGUCCGCUCUCUACAAGGUGGUGGGCACCUUCCUGUUCGGAGGAGCCGUCAGCCAAUCCCUGACCGACUUGGCCAAGUUCACCAUCGGCCGUCCCCGUCCAAACUUCCUGGCCGUGUGCGCCCCGGUCAGCUGUAGCGGAUACAUGCCGCACAUCAACUGCACGGGAAACCUCCGCAACGUGACUGAGUCCAGGUUAUCGUUCUACUCCGGCCACUCGUCCUUCGGGAUGUACUGCAUGCUCUUUCUGUCGUUCUAUCUGCAGGCCCGGAUGCAGGGGAAGUGGACGCGACUGGUUCGACCGACCAUCCAGUUCUUCCUGGUGGGUUUUGCUCUGUAUGUGGGAUACACGCGUGUUUCCGACCACAAACAUCACUGGAGCGACGUGCUGGUGGGGCUGCUGCAGGGGGCGCUCAUCUCUGUUCUCACUGUUCGUUACGUCUCUGACUUCUUCAAGCAGCGACUUCCUCCCUGCACGCCGCCAGACACGGCUGAGAUCGAACCCCUGGAGCGGAAGCCGAGCCCGCAGCCUCGCGACUCGCAGCACGGGAACCACUACAACUACCCCGGUCCCGUAUGAGCACAGGACUGAACUCUCACUAACCCGGGCCGACGCGCUCAAACAGAGGCUCGGUCACCAAAAGUCGUGCAUUUGGAAAAAAGAAAAGAGAAAAUAACCACAACACGCUGCGGUAACCACUAACUGGAUAUUCAGACCUUCUCCACUCCGGAACCUCCCAACACUUUCAGAUUUCUAUAACCUGUCGGAACAGAAGCUCCAUCGCCUGCAUUUCCGUCAGUUUGGGUUUGUGUGUGUGUGUGUGAUCAGUCGAAACUGAUUUUAUGGUGUUAUUGUGUAGAUGUGAAGCGUGUUCGGUUUGUAAGCGUGCAAUGAUCAUAUAUAUAUAUAUAUAUAUAUA